GCAGGCCGUGCAGGCCAUGCGCAAGGAGGACCUGAGACGCCGGAGCCAUGCGGCGGAGGUUGGACAUGUGCCCGUGCAGGAGUCGGAAUCUGUAGAUGCUGUGCUGGGGACAAUGAUGGGGACCUUGGCAGAGGGGCUUUACGUCGAUGGCACCUUCGGCCGUGGUGGCCAUUCUCGCUCAGUGCUGGCGCGGCUGGCACCCACGGGUCGCCUGAGGGCCUUCGACGUGGACCCGCGAGCCAUCGAGGUGGCGCGAGCGCUGGAGGAGGAGGAUCCACGUUUCAAGAUCUUCCAUCGACCCUUUGGUGAGAUGGAGGAAGCGCUUCAGGGCGAGGAGGUGGAUGGGGUGCUCAUGGAUCUGGGUGUCUCCAACAACCAGGCGGAAGAUGACUUGCGGAUUUCAGAUGACACACCCUUGGACUUGCGUUUGAAUCCUUCUCAUGGAGUGCCAGCUGCUGAUUGGCUGCAAGAAGUUUCAGUGGAGGAAUUGGCUUGGGUGAUCUACACCUAUGGUGAGGACGAUCCGGUGAUCUCCGACCGAAUCGCUGAGCGCGUGCUGCGGCACCAGCGCCAAAGAGGGCGAUCCUAUCGCAGCACCGGGGAGUUGGCCGAGGUAAUCAAAGCCGUAAAGCGCUGGAGUUUCCCCUUGGAUGGGCCUAGGCCUGGGAAGUACAUGAAUCAGGUGAAUCCAGCGAAGAAGACACUCAAUGGCAUCCGCGUCUUCCUCAACAGAGAGCUGCAACAGCUGGAGGAAGGCUUAGUUGGUGCCAUGAACCUUCUGAAGAUGGGCGGCAGGUGUGCCGUGCUCACGUUCAGCCCACCUGAGAGGCGAGUGGUCCACGAGUUCUUCAGAAACCACGAAGAUGCCCCAGCAGAAGAUGUUCGAGAGCUGUCGCCACAAAGGUUGGUAGAGCUCUACCCUUUGGCUGCCACCCGCUGCACCUUCUCGGUCAAACGACGGAGCACUCCGCGAACUGCUGGAGGUUCGGAGUUUGCAAUGAGGCCGCGGGCGAGAAGCUCGGCGCUGCUGGUUCUGCAGAAAUGCCCUCGCACUUGCCCCAUGUCCGAUGGCAGUGAUGCCCUUGUCGUUCCUCCUGUGGCCGAUGCAACGAAGCGUUUCCGUGAGCCAUUGGCACCGCGCCUGCGUGGCGCAUGACGGGUUGGAAUGAAAA